AACAAGAAAAAGCAGCAGCAGAAGAAGACGACACUAUUACUGCUACUAUUAUUGCUGAUGUCACAGCAAAUUGAACACGUAGACACUAGAAACUAAAUAUUCAGCGAUGCUUUGGUUUGACGGAUCCAUUCCUGAGGCCAUAAACUCUGCUAAACAACGCAGUUUGGUCUUUGUCGUUGUCAUUGCAGGGGAAGAUGAACAAUCUAAGCAGCUGAUGUCCAGUUGGGAAGACGGCAGCGUCUCGGAGGCUGCCCAGAACUGCGUUGUGGCCAUCAGGGUUGAUGCCAAGAGUGACACUUGUGUCCAGUUUUCCCAGAUCUAUCCCGUAGUAUGUAUACCCUCUAGCUUCUUCAUUGGGGUGACUGGAAUUCCUCUGGAGGUCAUUGCUGGAAGCGUGUCUCCUGAUGAACUGAUGAAGAGAAUCAACAAAGUAAAAAAGAUGCACUGUCAAGGAAUAGAAGAUACUGCUACAACAGAUGCACAGGAUUCUUUAGAGACCAGACCACCUGAUAGCACAGCUAUGGAUCCUAGCUCAGUUCCAGCCCUGGAAAGGAUCAGUGAUGAACCUGGAGAGGCACCAGCUGCAACAAAAGAACCCCUUUCGAGUUCAGCAGAUGGAGAUGGUGUUUCCAGCGCAAAGCCCUCUAUGGAGAAUUCCUCUUUAUGUCAGGCUACCUGUUCUGAGAAUGAAAACCUGAAUGCAAAAGUAGAAAGAUUGACCAAGAAACUGGAAGAGAGACAAGAGCAAAGGAACAAAGAACAGAAAGAAAAUGAUGUCAGAAAAGAAAUUGAGCGCAGGAAGAUGGGGAAGCAAAACCAAGAAUUUAAGAGAAAGCAGGAUCAAGAGAAAACCAAGCAACUCCUAGAAGAAAGGAACAGAGAAAAGGCAGAAGAGAAGGCUGCCAGAGAACGAGUGAAGCAACAGAUCGCUAUGGACCGAGCAGAGAGAGCUGCCAGUUAUGCCAAGAUACGUCAGGAUGAGAAGGAUGCCAAGCAGAACCUUCUACAGGCCCGGCAGGCAGACCAGGAGGCCAAGAGGGAGACUCUAAUCAGAGAGAGGAGUACCAAUUCAAGGAUACAGUUUCGACUUCCUGAUGGUUCGUCCUUCACCAACCAGUUUCUCUCACAGGCCAGACUGCAGGAGGCUUGGGAUUUUGCUUUUGAGGAAAUAGGAAAUCUGUAUGGUAACUUCUCCUUAGCAACCAUGUAUCCUCGACGAGAGUUCACCAGUGAAGACCUAAACAAGACCCUGCUGGAGCUGGAAUUGGUUCCAAGUGCUUCCAUUGUUGUCCUCCCUUCUCGAAGGCCUGCUAACACAGUAACCCGGUCUUCUGGAUUUGGCAUUUGGACAGCUCUGGGUACACUCCUUUACCCUCUGCUUGCUGUAUGGAGGUUUCUCAGCUCCUUUCUCUUUACUACACCUUAUUCAUCAUCAGCAUCCAGAGUCCACGGAAUGCACAGCAGCCCUGCGAGCAGCUCCAAAGUCUCCUCAAACCAAGCUAAGAGAGAAACUCCCACCAAACAAAAUUUGGAGAUCCGGCCAAAGGAUUUCAAAAAAGAAGGGAAAAUCUGCAGACUUCGGACAGAAGAAGACGAUGAUGAGGAUAACAAUACCUGGAAUGGGAACUCGACCCAACAAAUGUAGUACCCUGGGUGACAUAAAGCUGCUGCACCCCCAAAUCCCCGCUUUAAAUUCUGAUUUAGUUUUUGUUUUUUCCUGCUCUUCUUUCUCCAUUUUAGCAGUUACGUUCCUGCACUUUGUCUGCAUGUUGAUGUAAAUUUAGUCCCAUUUGACCUUGACAUGAGUAAAAUAUUUGUGAAUUUAACAUGAUUGAAUGGAUCAUUUUGAUUGUGUGAAGCCACUAUUUCUGUUUUUGUGCUCAUUACUGAUCUAGUAAAUUCAAUAAACAAAUUUUAACCAAU